AACAACUUUAGAUAAUGACAAUGGAUUGCGCAGUGUCCCUCUUGGCUCACCAGCAUUGCUAUAAAAUGGUCACACACAAGCAGGAGAGAACGUAGGGACAGCUUAUUUCUCAAGUUCUAUUGUGUGAUUAUGCCAUAGCUAAGACCUGCUAAGAUUUUAGGUCCUGAUUUAGAAAAACGGCAGGUUUGUCAAUCACAUCCAGCCUUUCAUAAAGUCCUCGAAUGCAAUAUUUAUGGCAAACAACAGCUCUGUAAUCAGUGGUAAUUUUCCUGUCAAAUUAAUUAGUAAGGAAGUUAUUAUUGUUCAAGUGUUGAUAGUCGUUUUUCUCAGCAUCAACUUUUUUCUGAUCUCAACUUUUUUCCGGAAGAAUGUUUUUCAUACAUCUAUGCGUUACAUCUUGUUUGCUGUGACUCUGUUGUCUGACUGUCUGUUUUUAAUAUUGGCAAAUGUUACGCUUAUAUUGAGCUAUUUUGGUUUUACCAUGCAAAUGUGGUUGUGCCUUAUCAUAUUUGUUCUUACGUCUGUUUACGCGUAUGUGACUCCUGUCACCCUCACUGCAAUGACACUGGAGCGCUAUGUGGCCAUAUGCAUGCCCCUGCGACAUGCAGAGCUGUGCACUCCGCAUGGCGCUUUGCAGCUCAUCCUCAUCAUUAAUAGCAUCAGUGCUGUUCCCUGCACUAUUAAUCUUGCAGUUUUCUAUUCCACAGCAUCUCCUACCUUUAAUACCCAGAGAGGAAUUUGUUAUGGGGAGAGGUUUGUAUUGUUCACAUGGCAGGGUCAUUUUAGAUCAGCAGUAAGUCAGUUGUACUUUUUUAUAAUGUUCACAAUCAUUGUUUUCUCAUACAUUAAGAUCAUGAAAGUGGCCAAAACUGCUUCAGGAGAGAAUAAAAAGUCAACAUGGAAAGGACUCAGAACUGUGGUUCUUCAUGGUUUUCAGCUGCUUCUUAGCUUAAUCCAGCUGUGGAGUGUUUUCAUAGAAGAUGCUGCUCUUAAAGUUAGUCUUACGCUGUAUGUUAACAUUAGAUACUUUAAUUACGUCAUGUUUUUUCUUGCCCCUAGAUGUUUGAGUCCACUCAUCUAUGGCCUCAGAGAUGAAUUAUUUUUCCAAGCAUUGAAGUAUUUUGCACUUUGUGGCUUGCAUAGAAAAUAAUAAUUAUCCAAUGUAUUGCAUUUUUCUUUAUGGCAUUGUUACUUGAAAAAACAACUUCCCUGAUGUGUUGACAUGUUCUUUCUGAGACCAUAUGUGUAGAGAGACCUUGAUUAAAAAUGUUAUUUAUUGGUAAAAAUAC